CAGCGCUGAAAUUCAAAAUUUGAACAGGACCAGUUAACGUUAGUUCAGCAGCAGGAGCGAGGCUUCGCAGCCACGAGUACAGGGCGGGGUAGCGCUGGUUUACAUUAAGUUUAGCACUUGAAGAUUUAAGAAUGGACCCCUUUACGGAGAAACUGUUGGAGCGCACACGGGCUCGCAGGGAAAAUCUUCAGAAGAAGAUGGCAGAAAGACCUACAGCAGCCAACCGGCAAAUGGCCAAAAGAGCAAGAGAGCCACUCGCUGAGACAAAUAGUGUCAUAAGUGAGCCUCCAGUUGAAAAAGUACUUCCGUCCUCCAAACCUUCUCCUUCAAAGCGCCGCUGCUCGGAGGAGAAUAUGACUGGAGAAGAAAACAAAGAACCAGUUGCCCUUCAAGUUUCAACUUCAGAGAUUAUAACGGACAAGAAGCCCCCGGUACUACCGAGCAGUAUUCGCUCUGCCACAGUCGAGAAAGGGCUUGUCAGUUCAGGGUCAGAGUCAGCCACAGGGCCUGCUUGCCUACCUCCAAGCACUAAUAAAAUGAUGGCCUGUCAAUCGCAGACAGUUUGUGCAGAUAAAGUGAUCAAGCAUUCUGUCAUGGUGGAAGACAGGGAGACUCCUAAAGAUAUUCCUGCACAAAACGUUAGCAGCAUGAGGUCUCGUCUGCAGAGACUGGCUGACCAAAGGCAUUACUGGGACUCAGAGGGCAGCAAUGUCCCUGAGAGUGAUGUCCCCUCUCCUCUAAAACCCCAGAGAACAGAGAUUCCUACAACUCCAGCUCCAACCCUUGUAUCAUCAGGACCAUCUGUAGGCAGGAAAGGCAGGCUUGCAAAUCUUGCUGCAACAAUCAACUCCUGGGAAGAUGACCUUGGGCCUCAGCCUACUCACAAAGAUAAUGCAGGGCAUUGUGGCACAACCAAUGUGCCUCCACCAGCCCUUGCUAAAACCAGUGUUACCAAGACCAGUCCUGCUGAACAGCAGUCUCAGCCUGUCCAGCCAGCUAACAAACCUGUCUACAGCACUCAGCAGGCACCAGUUUAUUCACCAGUCAAAUCAUCCAGAGUAAUUCCUCCUAGUCCUCAGAAGACUGAGAUGCCAGAACCUAAACUAGCUAAAGGACUUAACUCCCCUGCAUCCAGCCCCAUGAAGAUCUACUCUAGCCAUCCUUCCACUCCUGUAAAAUCUGCAAUCACCUCUUCAAGUCCUCGCAAAACCCCACUGUCCCAAAGCCCGCUGAGGUCUCAGACCCCAGGCAAGGAUUUUGGAUCUGGUAAAGUGUUUAGUUCAAGUCCCAUAAAGCCAAACCUUCCAGCAAAGCCAUCCUCUGUUACAGCUCCUGUGUCUCAUACCAAUGAAAAACUGGCCAAAGAAACAGCUCAUUUGCAGCCAAACAACCAAGGUGCAAAUGCGGGUGGUGUUAAGUCAUUUUUGGAGCGUUUUGGGGAAAGGUGCCAAGAACGUCAAGGUUCUCCCACUGUUGGCCAGAUCCGCACACCUGUUGCUCAAUCAGUCACUUCAUCAGCCAAGUCUAAAAUGUUCCAGGAGAGGAUUGCUACUACACAGACAGCCUCCACUACUGCAAUGCUCACCCAAAAGCAAAAAUUGGAACGUGAGGCAGAACUGGCACAGGUUCGCAAUCGGUUUCAUGCUGGAAACAUGUGGAAGAGUAAAGAGGAUCUUGCAGAAAUCACAAAUGACGUGCACUCCAAGGAAGUACUAGAUGAAAGUCCUGACCCUGUACUUUGCAGUGAGACUUCAAAACACAGCUUGAGUAUUUUGGAAACCCCAUCCAAGAUCAGUGAACCCGAAAUCUUAGAUUCAAAGCCUGUCCAGUUAGGCUCUCUGGAACAGAAUGAGGCUUCUGUAGAGAAGCCAGACCUACCUGAGCAGAAAGAAAAAGAAGAAGCAGAGGAAGAGAUACGUGAAAUUGAGAUGAAUGUGGAUGGCUCUAUUAACUCUGAGGUCAUUAAUGAUCUUUUUGAUGGAGUGUUGGAGGACAAUGAAGAGGGCGAGGAGGAAGAUGCUCUAAACAUCUCGUCUAUGUCUCUGCUUGCCCCAGUAGUAGAGACUGUGGCUGCUGUUGUGAAGAGCCCUGAAAGGAAACACAUGACCUCAACACCGGCAAGCUCAUUUAUUCACAAGAGUGGGACUCCUGAGAGUGCAUCCAGACCCACCAAAUUUCAAAGAGCACGACUGCCACAAGCAGGCACUUCUGACGGUACCGAAAAUGUAGAAGGGCAGAAACUGCUGUACAGCAUUGAUGCAUACAGAUCAACUAGAGUGAAGGAUACUGAGAGACCACAAGUUAAACAAGUGAUUGUGAGGAAGGAAGAUGUGUCUAAAAGAGGGGAAGAGCCUCAAAGCCCCAGCCAUAUCAGCAUUAAACAAAAGAUGCAGAUUCUGACCAACGAGAUGAACCUGCAGCAAACAGUGAUUCAUCAGGCCAGUCAGGCACUGAACUGCUGCACAGAUGAGGAGCAUGGAAAAGGCUCUCCGGUGGAGGCUGAGGCUGAAAGACUUCUGCUUAUUGCCACUGAGAAAAGAGUGGCUGUGAAAGCUGAGCUGGAUCGACUAAAGGCAGAGGGUCCCACAGCUCAGAAGAAAUGCUCUUCCAGAACUCAGGAGAACCUGGGUGUGCCUGCCUCUACAGGCUCAAUCACACUACAGGAGCUUAGAUUACCACUUAAGGCUGACUUUGUCUGUUCUACUGCCAACAAGCCUGAGUCUGGAAACCAUUACUUUUUCGUUAUGAUCCGUGCUGGAGCUGAAAACACUGUUGCAACUCCUUUAGCUAGUACCCACAGUGCACUCAGUGGGGACGCUUUGACCUUCUCCACCAAGUUUACUCUUCCUGAUGUAUCCAGUGAUUUUGAGAUUGACCUUGAAGUCUACUACCUUGUUCAGAAACGAGAGUUUCACCUGGAUAAAAGAAAAAAGCCAAGCAAGUCCAAGGCCAUCACUCCUAAGAGAUUCCUUGCCAUUACUAAAAGCAGUCUUCAAACACCUGUUAUGGCAAGUCCUGGUGGUCCGAAUGCAGUACGGACCAGCAACUUUGUUCUUGUUGGAUCACACAAGUUAACCUUGGCCUCUAUUGGAAAAAAUAAGUUCCCAAUGGAAAAGAUCAAAUGUCAAGGGAGUGAGAGCAAGCUUCUCAGUGACAUGUUUCAGAAUAAGGUCCCUUUCCUUUGCCCUCUGGAAGGUCAUAUCUACCUUAAGAUACAGUGUGAAGUUGGCUCUCGUGUGGAGGAAAGAGGCUUCCUGACCAUGUUUGAGGAUGUCAGUGGAUUUGGAUCCUGGCACAGGAGAUGGUGUGUUCUCUCAGGGUACUGCAUCUCCUAUUGGACUUAUCCUGAUGAUGAAAAACGAAAGAGUCCAAUUGGCCGCAUUAAUUUGGCCUGCUGCACGAGUCGUAAAGUGGAGCCUGCAAACCGUGAGUUCUGUGCUCGACCCAAUACAUUUGAGCUGAUUACAGUGAGACCACAAAGAGAAAAUGACAAGGAAACUCUGGUCAGCCAGUGCAAGAACACAAUGUGUGUUACAAAGAACUGGUUGAGUGCUGACACUAAAGAAGAGAGAAAUCUGUGGAUGCAGAAACUCAAUCAAAUCCUGGUGGAUCUGCGCAUGUGGCAGCCAGACUCCUGCUAUAGGCCAGCAUGAUACCCCAUCUAACUAGCUUAGAGGAUGAGCAUCAUCAUUGGUCAUAAUUUCAAAUGUCAACUUGUUUGGCUGAGAAGUGCAAUACAAUUUCAAAGUUACAGAACGUUUACAUAUAAUUAAUUUUACAUUUGACCAGUCACGAGCAUGGGAGACACUCAAUUAAGCCAUAUUGUACCCAUUUCCAUAUUGCAAAGGACAGAAUCCCCUCACCGGUUCUUGCAUGUAAAUGGUGAUCAUACUACUUAAUGCCGGACCUGGCAAGUAAUUCUUAGCUAGUGACAAAAGAGAAAUGUUAUAGUAAUCUGAAUAAAUUUUAAGGCACUAAUGACUGUUUUUACCUUUACUGUACACAAGAGUAAGUAACCCUCACAUUUUGGCUUCAAGUUGAGAGUAAAAAGUCAGGUAUAAUUUAUUAACCCUAAAGCUUAAUAAACUAACAUUCAGUAUGUUAGUUACAGAGCUACUGCUGUGUAGCGCUUUAGGCUAUAUAUUCAGUAUUCUAAUAUACAAUGUAAGUUGGUCAGUGUUUUUUCCUUUCCAGUAAUAUUUCUUUAAUCUUGGCUGACUUCAUUUUUAUACAGUUAAAUAGUGUGCAUGUUUUUUAGUACUUGGGUGUGACUGGGCUUACUGAAAUCUCUCUAAUCAGCAUCACUUUAUCAAAAUUUUAUGGUGAAUUUUAAGGGGCUUUGUUUUUAUUUUGUUUUUACACAUCACAAUUUGUAUACACAUCUUUAUUUUAACUGAUGGUGGUUCUGCAGGCCUCAGUUUCAUUGAAUUGAUUUGUAUCUGCAGUUCGCUUGACUAGGAUGCAACAUCACGCAGAGCUCCACAACUGUAUUAUAUGCUGCUAAUACCAAUAUUAAUGAAAGCUUCUUUUUCAGUGGCUUUUUGUGUAUAAAUAGUUUUUUACAGAAUAGCUAUGUUUAAAGAAAGCAAUCAGGGGUUUAUGCUUACAUGCUUUUUUUUAUUGAGUCUUUCAUAAAAUACUUUUUAUAGAACAGAUGUUGACCAUUACAUUUAAAAGUGGGCCUUUUUUUUUUUUUGAUAAAUUUUAAACACUCCAAAUAUAGCUGAAACAAACCAGCGCUGAGACUUUAAGAAAAAGCAACAGCUUAUCAUCUACAGUAAGUGUCUUUUAUAUUUAGCAGUUUUAGUACAUUAAGGUGUACUUAAUGGUUUCAUUAGCUUACAGUUGAAUACCAUCAACUUUUGUCCAAAGCUUGGAAGCAGAAUUCUACUGAGAAUAUCAGUUCUUCACUGAUGUACACUUGAUCAGUAUCAGUAAUUGUCUGUCCAUUGCAAUAAAUCUGGAUUAAGUUUG